ACAGCUCCCAUACUCCACUGCCCCUGCUCGAGUCCGGACUACAGUGAGGAGACCGGAGCCAGAGAGGCGCGGGCGAGCGCGAGAGCGAGUGGGCGGUGGAUGGCGAUGGCGGGCGGCGGGGGACUCAACCGGUCAUCGUCGCGGGGGCAGCUGCCGCCGCAGGAGCUGCUCGACGAUCUCUGCAGCCGGUUCGUGCUGAACGUGCCCAAGGAGGACCUGGAGUCGUUCGAGCGGAUCCUGUUCCUGCUGGAGCAGGCGCACUGGUUCUACGAGGACAACUCCGUGGAGCACAACCCCUCCCUCAAGUCCCUCUCCUUCAAGGACUUCACCUCCCUCAUGUUCAACAGCUGCGCCGCCCUCAGGCCCUACCGCGCGCACCUCGACGACAUCUACAAGGACUUCACCCACUACAAGUUCCGCGUCCCCGUCUCCGGCGCCAUCAUCCUCGAUGACAACUAUGACAGGUGCUUACUUGUGAAGGGAUGGAAGUCUAGUGCCAGCUGGAGUUUCCCCCGUGGAAAGAGGAGCAAAGAUGAAGAGGAUCAUACUUGUGCAGUUAGAGAAGUUCUGGAGGAAACUGGGUGUGAUGUUUCUAAGCUUUUGAAAAUGGAAGACCACAUUGAAGUUUCAAUUGGACAACAAAGAGUUCGACUCUAUAUCAUUACAGGUGUUAAGGAAGAUACUGUUUUCGCACCUCAAACUAAGAAAGAGAUCAGUGAGAUCUCAUGGCACAAAAUUGAUGAUCUUCUACCUGCUAGUGAUGAUGCAAUAUCUCGUGGAGUGAAUGGGAUGAAGCUUUAUAUGGUUGCACCAUUUUUGACGGGUCUAAAAGCAUGGAUAGGCACACAUCGGUCCCCAGUAUAUCAGAAGUCAGACACAUCUACUAGAGGUACUGUGUGGAAAGCGAAGAAUCCCUCGGGUGUCUUUGUGCCUGUCGAGAACCCUGUUAUUACUAGAGCAGGAUCUGACACGCAAAACCCUGUUAUUACUAGAGCAGGAUCUGGCACGCAGCACGUCGACAACCGACCUGGCAAAAGCUUCAGAAGCUUCAGAUUCGAUACGGCCAGUAUUCUGCAGUCCAUUGAUGCUUCCUUUCUGCGUACCUAGGAUCCUGACAGAUCAUCAACUCCUGUACCCUUGAUGUGUAUAGACUAUGGAAUGAUGUCGUCGCUCGUUGUUAACUGGAAUCCGUGACGCCACGACGUUCCGUCUCCCCAUGCCGUGUUCAGUUGGUAUCUGUAAUCUAAAACACUACUGUUAUCAUAUCUUUCUUGAGUUGUUAUAAAUGUCAUGUCUUUUGCACACUCAA